AUGGCAGCGCCCGAGCCUUCGCCUGCGCCCACUUUGGACGACUCAUUCCCAGGCUUCUACCCUCCCACGCCAGCACCGGGCCAACACGCCAGCUCGCAGUCGUACCCGACAGACUCGCCCGCGACCGACCCUGCAACGGCGCUUGACCCGCUCACCCAGCCGCACGAUCGUAUCGAAGGAGCUGGCAGGGCUUUGUUGGGUGUUGCGGCGGGCUUCGUGGUUGGAGGACCUGUGGGAGCGGCGAUUGGAGGGGGAUUGGCGGGACUGAGUGUCGUCGAGGGAGAGGGGAUCGCGAAGCGGUUUGGGGACAGGGCGACGACUCCGACGCCUCCUUCGACGCAGAACACGGCGGGUACUCAAGCGAGCCAUGCGGACGAGGCGAAGAGGCCCGAGUUUGGAGACGAGGCGGUCCAGAAGGAACACGCUGCGCUCGCUUCCUCGCCCGCGCAGAAGCUCGUCGGCGGAGAUGGCGGUGAGGGUGCCGAGAUCACGGGCGCAGGAGCUCUCGGCGGAGCGUUGCUGGCGGGAGCAGCGGGCGCAAAGAUCGAGGAGAAUGAGGUGAGGGCGCCUGGAACCGAGGACGACGAGGCAGAGCGCAAGGGUGCCGUCGAGCCCGCUACGACUGCUACCGAAACAUCGCCCGCCCAGCCAGACUUCGGCACUCCCGCGAUCGAGAAAGAGCAAGCCGCUCUCGCCGCCUCCCCCGCUCAGCAACUCCUCGCCCGUACCGACUCGACCGCCGCAGACGAAGUCGCCCUCCUCGCCGGCGCAGCAGGCGCCAAGGGAGCUGUCUCGCACGAGGUUGAAGAGCCUGCGAGGGCACCGCUGGAGGUUGCGACGCAGAGGGCUGUUGAGGCGGGUGCGGGCGUGCCGAGUCCGACUUCGGCUGGAGAAGGAGCUGGAGGAGAGGCGCUCGAGCGCGAGUCUACCAACAACUCUACCCGCCCCGCCCUUCCCCUCCCUCAAGCCUCCCUGACUUCCUUCACAGCCGACGUCCUAGCCGCCGGUUCGGGCGUCCACACGCCCUCCGAGGCUCCGGGGCCUGCUGUCAGCGGCUUUGGGAUGCGAGAGGAGGGGGUGGUGGUGGCUGAUGAUCGGGAUCUUCCGCGGGACGAUGCGGAGAGGGAGAAGGGAGGCGAGGGAGGCGAGGGGGGCAUCGUGCAUAACCCGUCGCCGCUCGCCCCCGCCGCAGUCGCUGGUACCGCAGCAGGAGCAGCCCUUCUCGGUCCCGACCUCGUCCAGAAGAACACCCCGAAGGAUUUCGAGCCCUACACCCCUCCCGCCGUCGAGCCCUCUGUCUCGCCCGUCUCCUCCACGACCGCCUCACACCCCUCCUCCGCCUCCAUUGCCUCAGCCUCAACAGACGCGACCGAAGUCCCUCCCGCCCACGCUCCGUCGCACCUAAAGACGCUCAACGCGCAGAAUGCCAAGCAAGAUGCAGAGCAACUCCCGAGUGAAGCGGACGCAAGUGUUCCCCAUGCUCGUUCACCGGAACACGACCAACUCGACGCUGGUGGAGUAGGUGCAGGGGUGCAGAAACCUAUGGGCGAGUCGAUCCCGAUGCAGACUGCGUUGGAGGAGGGACCGGCUGCGAUUGAGGGAGAGGAGGAGCCGAAGAAGGUCGAUAAGGGCAAGGGGAAGGAGGUGCUUGGUGCGGCGGCGCUCGGGACGGCGGGGGUUGGUGCGGGCGUCGGGAUGAAGGAGAUGCUUGAAGGUGACAAGAACGAGACCGCGGCGCCUCCCGCCUCGCAGUUCCGCGAGAACCUCGACUCGACCAACGAUAACGACGAGCCGCUGACUACCGAGGAAGGCGAAACCGGCGCUUCGCCCGCCGGCAAGCACGACCUCUUCAACGACCAACGCGCCUACCCCUCCGUCCCGCACAUGAUGCGCACGGAUGAGGCGAUCCACGACUUUUCCGUCGGGGACGGCGAAGCCGCUCGACGCGCUCGAGUCCUCGAUCCGAAGGAACUUGCGGCCGUGCCGGCGACGACGCCUGAGCAGGCGGGCUUUACGAACGUCGGAAGCGAGAUCACGCCCGCCAUGCAGGACUUUGCGCACCUCAGCACGCCGGCACCGCAGGCUGAGCAGCAGGCUAUCGCCGAAGGAGCCGCUGCACCCGCACCAAAUGCGACGAAGGAGGCGGCGGUCGAGCCGGAGAAGGAGAAGGACUCGCAUCAUGGCGCUCUCGCUGCGGGUGCAGGACUUGCCGGUAUCGGUGUUGGCGCUGCAGGCGCCGACCUCCUCUCGCACGACCACGCCGGCGCUGAGCCUGCAGCCGCCAGAGCCGCAGCAGGACCUUCGUCCGCUCACGCCGCCGAACCCGUCUCGACAAGCGCAGAGCCCGCUGGUAUCGCUCCACCCGUUGGCGAGCCGCAAGCAGCGACUUCGGCGACGCCGGUCACUCAAACGCCCGCCAAGGCCCCUCGCACGCCCGUCUCUCGCUUCACGGAGGAGACUGCGCUUCCCUCGGGCGCCGAGACGCCGAGCAGCACUCGCGCCGUCAUGGGUUCGCCGCCCUCGUCUGUCCACGAACGCAGCGCUGCUACGACGCCUCUCGCUACGCCCGGCGGACCGACGCAGAACGCGACGCCGACUCAGUCGCUUUUCGAGGCCGGCGUGCUCGAGAAGAGCCCGCACCUCAAGAUCCAGACGCACAAGGUCGACGGUCGCAAGCGUCUUCACCGCAAGAGCUUGACGGCCAACACGGCACCCACGCUUGUCGGCGUUACCCGGUCGUCGCACGAGCUCGAUCGCGCGAAGCAGUCGAGCCUGCCUGGAGCAACGAGGCAGCCUAGCCCGCCUAACGUCGCGAGGCAGCCGAGCCCGCCUCACGCAGCCAGGCAGGCGAAUGCGCAUCCGGCUGCUCUCGCUGCAGCUCCCGCCGUGGCUGCCGCGCACCAUCACGAGCACGGCCACGGCAAGGCCGCUCACACGCACGGUCACGACGGCGCUGCUCAACCUCACGGCCAGCGCGCCGCAGCGCCCGUCUCGAACGCCGCCGCUUCGGGUCCGACAGGCGCGGCUGGUCAGCGUCCGCCGCUCGACACCGUCGCCAGCGAGAACAGGCGCGACAGGCUGCUCAACAGUAUGAUCGGCGUCCCUGACCCGACCGUGACGCCGAGUCGCUCGGCCCCGACGACUCCGCCUCAGACUGCCGUCUCGCCUGCGUCUCGCACCUCGUCUGACCGCCCAGCAUCAGUCGCCACGCCGCCUCGCAAGUCGAUCGAGGACCCCGGCAGCGCGGUCACGUACCAAGGCGUGCCGCCAACCUCCACCGUCACGGGCAUUGCGUCGUCACACCCGGAAGGCAGGAAGAUGGUGCCGGAACUCGAGGGCGCGAGGGCGCACACGCCUGUCGGCAUCGCCGGGACUCAUGCUGCUACGCCUGCUGCCGCACCCGCAUCGACUGCUCAAGCUGCGAAGCCUACUGGUCAGACGGCUACGGCGCCUCACACCGUUGCGACGCCUACUACCGCCGCUCCAGCUCGGCACGUCGUCGAGACGCCUUCGUCGGGCGGCGGAGCGAGCGUUCACCGCAAGCUGUCGAAGCGGCACCCGCAAGACGAGAAGGAAAAGAGCGGCUUCCUCUCUCGCUUGUUCGGAAGCGGCAAGUCGAAGCACGGCCGGACUGCCAGCGGAGGAAGUGCCGGUGCGAGUCCACGAAGCAGCGCCGAGGGGCAGCGGAAGCUUUGA